AUGGAUAACCAAACAGAAUUAGUCAGCACCAUUGCUGCUUCGAUAAAUGUACUCCUAUGUGCUCUUCGAGCACUCUCUGUGCUCGAGGAUGAGCACAUGCAUCGCUGGGCGCAACUCAUCCGAAUAAUGAAAAUUAACCGCAGACGGAGGAUGUUCUUCUUGCAGCAGCUUGAGGAGGACACCAACUUUUUGGUAAUGGAUGGCUUUGCAGUUUUGGGAUUUCAUGGCUCUUGUGGAGCCUGUGAUGGGACGCAUAUUGAAAUUGUAUCUCUGAUUAGGCAAGGCAAUGAUUUCACAAAUCGAAAAAACUUUUAUUCAAUGAUACUGCAGGGGGAUACGGACCACACUGGCUGUUUCACCCAUAUCAAGGUGGGGUGGAGUGGCAGAAACCACGAUGCACAUGUAUUCUGUAAUUCAUCCCUCUUUGAGGCAAUGGAUGCUGGAGUUUUUUGCCCUUCCAUUGAUGUAUGGAGAAUUGGGGACGUAGAAGUGCCACCUUUCAUUGUAGCUGUCAGGGCUUAUCCAUUGCGGAAAUGGCUUAUGAAGCCCUAUGGUGGAAACCUUGACCCACAGCAAGCUCACUUCAAUUACUGCCUUAGUCGUGCCCGGAACGUUGUCGAACGUGCCUUUGGGAGACUGAAGAGCAGAUGGAGGUGCCUCAGCGGUCAGCUGGAAGUGGCGGAGGAAAAUGUUCCUUCAGUAAUUACUGCUUGCACAAUUCUGCACAACAUCUGUGAAUCCAGAGUACUGCUCCAACUUUUACUGCUCAUGACAGAGCUGACCACUGAAAAUGCCAUGGACAACCUAGAAGAGUGUUUCCAAGAUCCUGAAUAUGAGAAAUGGCUGGGCAUUGCCAAAUAUGGGCUAGGAAAGGCCACGAAGGCAAAGACCAUUGUGAUCGUUGGGGCAGGAAUAAGUGGACUCACGGCUGCCAAAUUACUGAAGGAUGCUGGACAUCGGAUUGUGAUUCUGGAAGCCAGUGAUCGUGUGGGAGGGCGGAUAAAGACACACCGAGAAGAAGAUUGGUAUAUGGAUUUGGGGCCUAUGCGUUUGCCCAAAAACCACAGAAUUGUCCGUGAAUUCCUCAGCAAAUUCAAUCUCAGUCUAAACCCCUUCACUCAGGUUGACAAGAAUGCCUGGUAUUUGGUUAGAAAUGUCCGACGCAAGGUAGCAGACGUCAGUGAAAACUCUGGACUCUUCAGGUACCAAGUUAAUCCCAGCGAGCGGGGGAAGUCUGCGGACACACUUUUUCAGGAGACACUGGACAAGGUUACAACAAACUGUACACUUCUGAAAGAAAAAUAUGACUCAUUCUCCACUAAGGAAUACCUGAUUAAGGAAGGAAAUCUGAGCAAAGGAGCUGUUGAUAUGAUCGGUGACCUCUUGAAUGAAGAUGCUGGGUUUUAUACGUCAUUCCUAAACUCUGUCAUGGAUUAUCUCAUCUACUCUAAAGACAAUUUUGAAGAAAUUACAGGUGGAUUUGAUCAACUUCCUCAAGGUUUCCUCCGUGAGAUGCCAGGGAUAGUUCAUUUUAACUGCACAGUGGAGAAGAUACUUCGCAUAGGCAAAAAAGUGAAAGUGUCUUACCGUCAGUCACCCACACCUGUACUUUCAACCUUUACUGCUGACUAUGUCCUCAUCACAGCCGCAGCGAAAGCCACACGACUCAUCAAUUUUGCACCAUCUCUUUCCACUUCCAAGGCUCAUGCUUUGCGGUCCUUGAAUUAUGCAAGUGCAACUAAAAUUGCCUUGGUUUGCACUGAGAAAUUUUGGGAGAAAGAUGGGAUACACGGUGGAAAGUCAAUCACAGAUCACCCAUCCCGAAUGAUUUAUUAUCCAAACCAUGACUUUCCCAAUGGGACAGGGGUACUCCUGGCUUCCUACACUUGGAAUGGUGAUGCCAAUUUCUAUGUUCCACUCACUGAUGAAAAGUGUAUUGAUGUGGUGAUGGGUGACCUAGCGGAAAUCCACCAAGUAUCUAAAAAUUAUCUCCGAACUGUCUGUGGCAAACAUGUGGUGAAGAAGUGGGCCCUGGACCAAUAUUCAGUGGGAGCCUACAGCAUCUUCACACCGUACCAGUUUACCCACUAUUCUAAGGCAUUGUCCCAGAAUGAAGGGAGGAUCUAUUUUGCAGGAGAGCAUACAGCUCAUCCUCAUGCUUGGAUUGACAGUGCAAUGAAAUCUGCGAUAAAGGCAGCAAGUAAUAUUCACAGUGAGUGCAAUAUUGCUUCAGAGCAGAGACCAAAAACGAAUAAAGGUUAA